AUGUACAAGCAAAAGCAUAUCCUUGCAUCGGAUGGUGUGCUCGAGGUUGACGAUAUGUUUGCAUUCUGUGCCAUUCCAUUUGUUGCGACGUCGACAACAGUUUGGCUCACUGCUGUCCAUGCAUUCAAUUAUUCCUUGGCUCAUAAAGUGGAUGACAAGGUUGGGACGACAUUAUUCAAUGCUUAUGUCAAAAUUUGUGAAAAUGUGAGCAAAAUUAGAAAAGAUGAUACGAUGGAGGACGUACUGAAGCGAUUGGACAUGGAGUGUUGA